GCCUUCUCCUCGACAGAUAAAGCAAAGCCAGCGACUAGAAGAAGUCAGCGUUCACUGAACUCAACCCGAACUCAAGUGGAGUAAGAUCUCCAUACGCCUGAGACCUUGAUCUACACCCAAGACUAUUAUCAAGAUGCCUGAGAAAGCAGCACAGCCCGUGAUGGAGGAAGACGUCGAGACCUUCGCCUUCCAGGCUGAGAUCGCUCAGCUCAUGUCUCUGAUCAUCAACACCUUCUACUCCAACAAAGAGAUCUUCCUCAGGGAGCUCAUCUCCAACUCUUCAGACGCACUGGACAAGAUCAGAUACGAGAGCUUGACAGACCCAAGCAAACUCGAUUCAUGCAAGGACCUGAAGAUUGAAAUCACCCCCGAUCUGAAAGAGCGCACACUCACGAUCGUUGAUACCGGCAUCGGCAUGACCAAAGCGGACCUCAUUAAUAACCUGGGCACCAUCGCCAAAUCCGGCACAAAGGCCUUCAUGGAGGCCCUUCAGGCUGGAGCCGACAUCUCAAUGAUCGGUCAGUUCGGUGUGGGCUUCUACUCCGCGUACCUGGUGGCCGAGAAAGUCACGGUCAUCACCAAACACAACGAUGACGAGCAGUACAUCUGGGAGUCUGCAGCUGGCGGAUCCUUCACAGUGAAGCCAGACAAUGGUCAAUCCAUUGGACGUGGUACCAAAGUCAUCCUCCACCUUAAAGAGGACCAGUCUGAAUACGUUGAGGAGAAGCGCGUCAAGGAAGUUGUGAAGAAGCACUCUCAGUUCAUCGGUUACCCCAUCACGCUUUUUAUUGAGAAACAGAGAGAGAAGGAGGUUGACCUUGAAGAAGGAGAGAAGGUGGAGGAGGAGGUGGCUGGCGAUGACAAAGACAAACCCAAGAUUGAGGACUUGGGGGCUGAUGAGGAUGAAGACACCAAAGAUGGCAAGAACAAGAGGAAGAAGAAGGUCAAGGAAAAGUACAUUGACGUUCAGGAGCUCAACAAGACCAAACCUCUGUGGACCCGCAACCCAGAUGACAUCACCAACGAAGAGUACGGCGAGUUCUACAAGAGUUUGAGCAACGACUGGGAGGAUCACCUGGCCGUCAAGCACUUCUCGGUUGAGGGCCAGUUGGAGUUUCGCGCUCUGCUGUUUAUUCCCAGAAGAGCCUCCUUCGAUCUUUUCGAGAACAAGAAAAAGAGAAACAACAUUAAGUUAUAUGUGCGCAGGGUCUUUAUCAUGGACAACUGCGAUGAGCUCAUUCCUGAAUACCUCAACUUCAUCAAGGGUGUGGUGGACUCUGAGGAUCUGCCGCUGAACAUCUCCAGAGAGAUGCUUCAACAGAGCAAGAUCCUGAAAGUCAUCCGCAAGAACCUGGUCAAGAAGUGUCUGGAUCUCUUCACCGAACUCGCCGACGACAAAGACAACUACAAGAAGCUUUACGAGCAGUUCUCCAAGAACAUCAAGCUUGGCAUCCAUGAGGACGCUCAGAACCGCAAAAAACUCUCGGAGCUGCUUCGCUACUACACAUCCGCCUCUGGAGACGAGAUGAUUUCCCUCAAGGACUAUGUGUCUCGGAUGAAGGACACCCAGAAGCACAUCUACUACAUCACCGGCGAGACCAAAGACCAGGUGGCGAACUCGGCCUUCGUGGAGCGUCUUCGCAAAGCCGGCCUGGAGGUGAUCUACAUGAUCGAGCCCAUCGACGAAUACUGCGUUCAGCAGCUGAAGGAGUACGAUGGGAAAAAUCUGGUGUCCGUGACCAAAGAGGGUCUGGAGCUUCCCGAGGACGAGGAGGAGAAGAAGAAGCAGGAGGAGUUGAAGACCAAAUAUGAGAACUUGUGCAAGAUCAUGAAAGACAUUCUUGACAAAAAGAUUGAGAAGGUCACCGUGUCGAACCGCCUGGUGUCUUCGCCUUGCUGCAUCGUCACAAGCACGUACGGCUGGACGGCCAACAUGGAGAGGAUCAUGAAGUCUCAGGCCUUGAGAGACAACUCCACCAUGGGCUACAUGACUGCUAAAAAGCACCUGGAGAUCAACCCCCUCCAUCCCAUCGUCGAGACCCUGCGAGAGAAAGCAGAAGCCGACAAGAACGACAAGGCCGUGAAAGACUUGGUGAUCCUGCUGUUCGAGACCGCCCUGCUCUCCUCUGGAUUCACCCUGGAAGACCCACAAACACACGCUAAUCGCAUCUAUAGGAUGAUCAAACUUGGUCUUGGCAUUGAUGACGAUGACUCUACUGUAGAGGACAUUACUCAACCUGCUGAUGAAGAUAUGCCAGUUCUGGAGGGCGAUGAAGACAGUUCUAGAAUGGAGGAAGUUGACUAAAGAGUUUUAGUGUAAAUUGUUAAUGUAUUUUUAAUGGAAUGUUUUUUUUUGUGUUUGUGUCUACAUAGUGACCAGAACAUUGUAUGUUCAGAGCUUUUCUAAUUUAAGCUGUUUUUGUAAACAUGAGUUGAACAUUUUUAAUAAAUGAUUAAUAAUAAAAAA